CAUCAAUAUUUAUCACUUUUAGUGUCAAAUAGGGCUUUGUGUAGUUCACCUUUUCUGUUUAACUGUAAACAUUCCUCACUUUGUCUACAGAGCAAGGAUUGUUACGUUAAAAGAUCCAAUUUACCAUUUAAUAAGACAGUCGACGAGCCAAUUAAAAGUUGAAUAUGUAAUACUGUUCGAAAGCUAGACGUGUAUUUACAAUAUACAUCCUUUUUCAUCCUAAAGGAAGUUAGAAAUUCCACAAUUGCGUAACUACUUAGUCACCAUACGAUUAAGAUACGAGGGAAAACCGUUCCGCUCUUUAUUUAUUCAUCUAGUAACAUCAGUGUUACGUUCUUCUGCAGUAAGUUAACGAACAUGUAACUAGCUUAACUCUGAUCGUAACGUUUUGCAAUAGAUUAAGGUUUACUUCUAUUCAUUGUUAUAGUUUUCAUGAUGAAUACAACAAUAGGUAACGAUUUGAGCGAAGCAGAAAAUUUCACCAAUAUGACAUCAACGGACACAAAGAAAUCUUCUGUAGCAAACUUUCAUUCAAUAAUCAUAGUAUGCUUGGCACUUUCUAUGAUCUGUCUGCUGAUCAUAGGUGUAGUUUACAGCAUCAUUACCGAUUUUAGGAACAUUCACGGGAAGAUACUUCUGUCUCUAUCUGGAAAUUUGGGAGUGACGUACACAUUCCUCAUCCUAGAUCUAAUGUUCAGAAGGAAAUUCUCACCCAUCGCGUGCUUAUCCAUAGGGUUUGUCAUCCACAUCACCUUCCUGGCUACGUUCUUUUGGACUAACAUCAUGGCUUACGACGCAUGGAGGACGAUCACUAGAAUGAAACCAAAAAAGAUUCGUACGAAUAAGAAGCGAUAUCUCUGUUACGCCGCGUAUGCUUGGGGUGCCACGCUUCUGAUAUCACUCCCUGCCGUUAUUUUCGACAAUACGGAUUUUAUACCCGUCAAAUAUCGUCCAAAUAUGGGUGUUAAACGCUGUUGGUUAAGUGGUACCCCCGCUUUCCUCAUCUACUUUAAUAGUCCGGUUGGUUUGGUGCUGUUCACCAACUUGAUAUUCUUCCUGAUGACCAUCAAAACUUUGAUACAAUUAAGAAACACGACCAUGAUUCUGCACGUUAAUAAAGACAAACAGAGGUUCUAUCUGUAUAUCAAACUGUUCCUGAUCAUGGGUCUAAUAUGGAUCACAGAGUACAUUCCUUGGCUUUCUGGUAUAUACAAAUUAUAUGCCAUAGCUGGAAUAUUAAACUCUCUUCACGGUGUAUACCUCUUCGUCAUAUUCAUCUGCAAGAGAAGUGUUUUCCGAAGUCUACGCGAUUUGUACAAAGGUACAAAAGUGGACAACUCUAAAUCUCGAAAAAUCUCUCAACCCACUCUCGGUACAUCCGUAAAGGGCAGCAGCAACAGCGUUUUCUAUUGUAGCAGCAGCUCCGAAAAUACAGAAAAAGUGCGUAUUACAUCAUAAUGAAGUUCACAAUUUACUAUUGCAACUUGGAUUCAGGAACCACUGAUCCUAAUGAUGGAAAUUGAACAUUCGUGACAAGGUCCUUUGCAUUGAAGCCGUACUCUUUCUUGCAAGACUCGCAAUCGAAGAUUAAUAAUGACAUUUAGUUGUUCUACUCGAAAGUACAGGUCAUCCAUGGCUCAAUAGCUCAGUGUUUUACAGUCGACCCC